AUGGCCGACGAGAACACCACCGAGAAGAGACUUCAGGGUAGCCCCCAACAUACUCCAGCAAAGAAGAGCUUGAGCUUCUUGCUACUUGCCUUAUCACCUGUAGCUGUGGCGCUCGCCGCAAUUUGUGUUAGGUCUCGCUCUUUGGAGGCAAACCCAGUCUUGUCGACUGGAAUCCAGACAAUCGAUACAAACUACACGGCCGAAAUUUUAUUUGACGGGAAAGUCUUUCCCAUCGCAGAACCGAUGGAAGCGGAAACGUUUAUGGGCAACGGCCAAGUCUUUCUCAUGCUCAACGGCGCAAACGAUGGUGUGUAUGUGUCUUGGAAUGGAAAAUUUGAGUGCAUUGGGCAGCCAGCCGAACUGGCUGCAGCAUUUCUUGGAGCAGACCGAGAUGUAAUGGCAAAUGGCGUGCGGCUUUACAAUCAGCUGGGAUAUCCUGUUCGCGAUGGGAAUGAAUUGCGCAAAACAAGGAAUAUUGUUCAUGUGUUACUAGACUUUGAAUUGUGGCAGUGGCCAGGUAUUAAAAAAGGCUAUAAGUACUUACUGGAGAACGGUGUCACGCUAACAAUGGUGGGAAUCAGUCCUAAAGUAUUUGACGUCGAGUUUUUUCUUACCCAAGAAGAGGCGGACAAGGUCAUUGAGAUUGGAUUGCCGAAGUUGGAUCGAUCCAAGGUUGACGGGACCAACUCAUCUAAAGUUGUAUCUGAAUCACGCACGAGCCACACAGCAUUUUUGCCUGACAGUUUGUUUGUACGCGAUUUUCAGAAGCGCUCGGCUCAAGUUGCUCGGCUCCCAAGUCCAUCUUACGUAGAACGCAUGCAGCUUGUGCGUUACGGUGCUGGAGAGUUUUAUCGCCAGCACUUUGACACAUUCCACUCACGUAAAUUUUUACCAAAAGGAAGUGAUUCAUAUGCGUUUGAAGAUUAUGUGGAGUGGACUAAAGUAGCUGCGGAAAAGCUUCGCAGUUUGGACCAGAACAAGGUGCCUGAAAAGUUUCGCGAAGGUGGUUUGCUGUUCCCGAAUGCCGAAGAUUCGAAGAGUUUUCCAAAUGCGUUGCUUGAGCUAUUCUAUGACCAUAUGAACAAGACGAACAGAUUCAAGGCGUUGUUUGAUACCGACCAAGCGAAGUGGAUCCGCACAAAUUUAGAUGACGGGGCUGAGAAUGUGAUGAACGACUUGAUGAAUGAGAAGAGGCGCCCUAAAUACCUUCCACACAUCAUCCAGGCAUGGGAAGAGGAACUUGGCCUUGGCGAAUUGUGCUAUACAUUUCCCAAAAAAAAUAUGAAUUCCGUUACACACUUUUUUCGAUGGGUUCGUUGGGCAAAGGAACGCAUCAGUUAUCUUGGCGAUAAGGCGCCAGCUGUGGCCCAACCUGGAGGAGAGCUGUACCCAAAGUUCACAGUACCAUUCCAAGAAAAGCUCACAGGCUUCAUUCUUGAUGACUAUACAAAGGGCUAUAUCGCGAGCAUGACCAAUUUAGAAUGGUACGAUUGGAUGGUGGAAAAUCGCGGCCGUAAUCAUGUUCUUUUUCAAGUCAUGCAGGCUUGGCCAAGUUUUGCAGAGCUGGCGAUUCGCACAUGGGAAGCACGCGUCGGUUACGCACCAGAGCUGCGCUACAAGCUGCCACAUUACGCACCGCAUUUUCACCCACAACGCUUUGUCACCCUUUUCCUAUAUUUGAAUAACCAGACUAAAGUUGGUGGUGAGACCGUUUUUCCUUUCUCAUUAGACCGUUACUCCGAUGAAAGGAUCGAGCGCGAUGGCAUGAAUGAGUGUUCUACAGGUUUGGCGGUGCCUCCGCUUGGUCUACACGCUUCGCUAUUCUACGUCCAGACUCCAAAAGGAGUUCCUGAUGAUAUGAGCCGCCACGGUGGCUGCCCUCCUCAAGAAGGAGUCAAGUGGGGUGCAAACUCGUUCAUGUGGGACUCAGAUUCCGAAGAAGGCGCUAAUUUGUGGACCACGAAGUAG